ACAUUCCUCCGCAGGCUCUACAAGGGGCAGGCUCAGAGUGUGCUGGAAGCUUGGAACUGUUCUUCAGUGAGAGUAUCUCUCACUCCCCUGCAGUUGUUAAGCCAGAGAGCAAAAGGGAGAAAGCACAGUGGGGGGGCGGAAGGUCUAACGGCACCGUCCCAAAUGAUCCAGCAUCUAUUUUAAAAGUGUUGAUUGACUGACUUUUUUUUUUUGCUGACUUUGGCUUUUGUGGAAGAAGAUAAUCAAGUUGUCACCCUGCAGGAGCUGCGCAGAACGUUUGGGGCCUGCACGGAAACUUGAAGGAGCUACCUCAAGGACGACAGUGGCUUUCAAUGGUGGCGCUCCAAUGUAAAGAUGGACUGCGUACAUCUGAGACCAACAAUGUUCUUCACAGCCUCUUGAUGCACAUCCAAAGAAAACGUUCAGACAAGCAGACCAAAGAAGAUCAAGGGCUCCUGAUAUGAUGCUGUGCCACACUUUUGGAUCUCACCUGCUGUCUUUGGCGGCGAUUGCGGUGAUCGUGAGCUGCGGCGGAGGCGAGCAAAGACGAGGGUCCGACAGCACCGGCGGCGGCGGCGGAGGAAGCGGCAGCAGACGCUUCCAUAAGAUCCAGCAUGGCCAGUGCACUUACACCUUCAUAUUACCUGAAGGAGGGCCAGCCGGGGACGGUUCCUCCUGCAGGGAGGCCAAAAGCGGAAGCCCGCAGUAUAACGCCAAUUCCCUCCAGAGAGACUCGCCGCCACCUGAGCCAGACUUUCCAAAACAGAAGAUCCAGCAGCUUGAACACAUUAUGGAGAAUUACACCCAGUGGCUACAGAAGAUUGAGAAUUAUAUCAAGGAAAGCAUGAAAACAGAGAUGGCUCAACUGCAGCAAAGCGCCGUUCACAACCACACAGCAGCCAUGUUGGAAAUGGGCACCAACAUUCUUUCUCAAACUGCAGAGCAAACACGGAAACUGACUGAUGUUGAGACACAGGUUUUGAAUCAGACGUCGAGACUCGAGAUCCAGUUGCUGGAAAAUUCUCUUUCCACUAACAAGUUAGAGAAGCAGUUAAUGAUCCAGACAAAUGAGAUCAACAAGCUCCAUGACAAGAACAGUCUGCUGGAGCAGAAGAUGAUAGACAUGGAGACGAGACACCAUGAAGAAUUGGAGACACUAAAGCAGGAGAAAGGAAGUCUCCAGGUUCUUGUUGGGAGGCAAAGCGGGGUUAUCAUCGAGCUGGAAGCCCAGCUGAGCCGGGCCACUGGAAACAGCACUGCCCUGCAAAGACAGCAACAGGAGAUGAUGGACACCGUCCACAAUCUGCUCAAUCUUUGCUCCAAAGACGGAGUCCCAAAAGUCCUGGAUGAAGAAAAGAAGUUCCGUGAUUGCGCUGACCUUUACCAGGCGGGCUUUCAUAAGAACGGCGUCUACAACAUCCAAAUCAACUUACAAGAGAACAAAAGGGUGUAUUGCAACAUGGAAACAGCUGGCGGCGGAUGGACCGUCAUCCAACAUAGAGAAGACGGCAGCGUGGAUUUUCAAAGAACGUGGAAGGAAUACAAAAUGGGUUUUGGAAGCACGUCGGCAGAACAUUGGUUGGGGAACGAAUAUGUUUACCUCCUGACGAGCCAAAGGCAGUACGUUCUCCGCGUUGAACUGACAGACUGGGACGGACACCAGGCCUUCUCGCUAUAUGAUCGCUUUCAAAUUGGGAGCGAGAAACAGAACUACAGGCUGUUCCUGAAAAGCCACAGCGGGACGGCAGGCAGACAGAGUAGUCUGGUGAUCCACGGAGCAGACUUCAGCACCAAGGACGUGGACAAUGACAACUGCAUAUGCAAGUGCGCCCUUAUGUUCACGGGCGGUUGGUGGUUCGAUGCUUGCGGGCCAUCCAACCUUAACGGCAUGUACUUUGUGCAAGGACAGCACGUGGGGAAGGUAAACGGUAUCAAGUGGCACUACUUUAAGGGUCCCAGAUAUUCACUACGAGCCACGGCCAUGAUGAUCCGCCCGCUGGAAUUUUCCUAGCCGUUCAAUGGCUAUUCAACACACCAAUGGGACCUUUCCAGCUUUGUCCUCAUCUCAUUUCACCGGCCAUGCUUCAUAACCUUUUCCCGCGCAAUGAAAACGCCGUGGGGGAAGAAAACAGAAGGAGACAUGAUUUAUGCUCCUGAUCAGAUUGACACACACAUUUAUUUAAGGACACUCUAAAUCAAGUGUGCUUCUUCUCCCCGCACUGGGAUCGUGUGCAGGUUUUCAAAACAAAAUGAAGAUUUUUUUUUUUUCCUUCUUGUGAGAAUGAAGACGUUUUAAAUUGGAUGAAGGACAGAGCGGCGAGGACUCACAAACUGCGGGACAGAACUGAACUUUUAUGCUCUGAGGACACAACUCACAUAUUUGUCUUUUUUUUUUUUGUAUUAAAAUGUCGCUCACGGAAUAAAAUGCUUUAAUUGUGUGUUUUGAAGUAUUCAUCUCGUAUGGCAACUGUAUACAAAUAUCCACCAUCACGUGAAUGUAUAUUACAAUAUAUUGUAUUAUGAAUCUAUAUUUGUCAUGAUGAAGUUUGAAGGUGACCUUUAUUUUUAUGAAUGAUGUUUUUGGUUAUAUUGUGGUUGGAAAGCCAUUUUGAGAAGCGAAUGACUCACUCGUCUGCUAGAAAAUGUUGCUUUUAUAUCUGCACAUGCAUAGAAAGAACAAAAUGCGCAUUUACAUAUUCAAGCCAUGUGAAAUGAUUCUGGGACAUUACGGAUGUCAUUCACCAUUUAAAAAAAAUAUAUAUAAGGGCUUAUAUUAAGCUGGUUGUCAUGGUUGCAAAUUUAACUGAUGGUCAUUUCCAUCUGUCCUGCAUCAUCAUAACUCAAACUAAGAUAAAGCAUUUUUUUUUUUUUUAUGAUACAUCAACAUGACACUUCAUCAGCGUUUCUGUUUUCCAUUCAUGCUGCUGCCGUUGGCUAUGAGACAUGUAAAUUCAAUGUUCCAGCAAAUUAUUCACACACUUUCAUAACCUUUACCUUACGACAACAGAAUGUGUUGGAGGAUUCAUGGAAGGUAGAAAUACAAAUUUGAUGUAUCUGGAACAUAUAAACCUACCAGUGACAUGUUGGAAAAACAUCCAUUGAAUGUGUUUGUAUAUAAAUCAGCUUUCAGGAAAGCUUUUUUUUUUUUUAACGUCAGAUUAACAGAAUGAAAAAAACACGAGUCACAAGUGUCACUGAUAAACUCUGCUUUUACCUCAUUAAACUGUAGAUGUACUGAUUUAUUUAAACAUCUUUUGUAUCAUGUGCUCAGUGUUGUGUUGCUACCAAAUAAAAUGUGAUGCACUAAGAUUAUAA